UAAUAAACAUAAUUAAAUGAGGCUAAAUCCCAUCAUCACCGAGAACACGAGAAAAGAGAUUAGAGAGCAGAGACAAGAAUGGCGAAGUGUUUUAGCUUCAGUGCCUCCCGAGACUCCUGCUACCGCUACUUCUUCACUAAGGCGGGCCUCAAAUCCUCCACCACCGAUCUCGGUGAUGGCACCGUCAUGCACUGCUGGGUCCCCAAAACUCAUUUCCCGGCCAAGCCUUCGCUGGUCUUGAUCCACGGCUUCGGUGCCAACGCAAUGUGGCAAUUCAACGACUUCAUCCCUCCCUUGAAGUCCAAAUUCAAUCUCUACGUCCCUGACCUCCUCUUUUUCGGCGAUUCCUACACGACCCGACCAGAGAGGACCGAGGCGUUUCAAGCCCAGUGCAUCAUGGCUCUUAUGGAUGCGCUUAAUGUAAAGAACAUGGAUCUUAUGGGGUUGAGUUAUGGUGGUUUCGUGGCUUACAGCAUGGCGGCGCAGUUCAAGGAGCGCGUCGGGCGAGUGGUGCUGGGGUGCGCUGGAGUAUGCUUGGAGGAGAAGGACAUGGAGGAAGGGAUGUUUAAAGUGAAGACUGUGGAUGAGGCAAUUAGUAUUUUGUUGCCUCAGAGUCCCGAGAAAGUUAGACAGUUGAUGCGAUUGUCUUUUCAUAAGCCUCCAAAGCCUGCUCCGACUUGUUUUCUAAGCGAUUUUAUUGAGGUCAUGUGCACAGAAUAUCGUCAAGAGAAGAAAGAACUGAUUCAGGCAUUGCACAAUGGUAGAAAGCUGUCUAAUCUUCCCAAGAUAAUCCAGCCUACGCUAAUAAUCUGGGGAGAAUAUGACCAGGUCUUCCCAGUGGAACUGGCACAUAGAUUAAAACGGCAUAUUGGUGAAAAUGCUGAAUUAGUGAUAAUAAAAAAUGUGGGGCAUGCACUUAAUGCAGAGAGGCCUAAAGAGCUGUACAAGCACAUGAAGUCUUUUCUCAUUGACACUCUACCACCUUCGAAGCAAGGAAAAUACACAAAUGGUCACAAAGCAGAUUGAAAUGUCUGCAAGCAGGGAACGGUCUUUCUAGGUGUUUAGCUAUGGUUCCUCUAUCUCUCAGGAAGUUUGCUAGGUUACUCAUGGAAUUUUAUCUGGAAGGGCUGAGUCCUGGCUUUGACGAUUGACAAUGAGCAGAUUACAUGCUGGUAUACUUUCCCUUGUUAGUGACUGGACUUUUAAGAGAGUUGGCAUUUAUUAUUGUUGAAGCCCCCUCUAGUGUAUGAGUUCUUGUACAUUGGAUAUGUAUAAUAUAAUGGAGCGAUUUCUGCUUGAGAGUACA